GAUCAGAGGCUUCCAGAUCAGAAGUGACCCACAGUUUUCAAAACAGUUUGCACUUGUGUGUUACUUACUCAGGAGGAAAACAUGGUGAGCAGAUUUGAACAUCCAGCUGGUAGCUACAAGAAAAUCUUUGAGACAUGUGAGGAACUUGCUGAACCUCUGCCAGCAACAGUCACAGGUAGAAUUCCUUCAUUCCUGAAGGGAAGUCUUCUUCGUUUGGGACCUGGACUCUUUGAGGUUGGAGAUGAACCCUUCUAUCACCUCUUUGACGGACAGGCCCUCAUGCAUAAAUUCGACUUCAAGAAUGGCCAAGUCACUUACUACAGGAAGUUUGUUCGAACAGAUGCAUAUGUCCGAGCCAUCACAGAAAAACGUGUGGUUAUCACUGAGUUUGGGACAUUUGCCUACCCAGAUCCCUGCAAGAAUAUCUUCUCCAGAUUUUUCUCCUAUUUUAAAGGAGUUGAAGUCACAGAUAACUGCCUGGUUAAUGUUUACCCUAUAGGAGAGGAUUUCUAUGCCGUGACAGAAACCAACUACAUCACUAAAGUGAACACUGAUACCUUGGAGACUCUGAAGAAGGUUGACAUGUGCAACUUUGUAAACAUCAAUGGCAUCACAGCUCACCCCCAUAUUGAGCAAGAUGGUACUGUAUACAACAUUGGAAACUGCAUGGGAAAAGGUGCAACACUGGCCUACAACAUUGUGAGGAUUCCUCCCACGCAGAAAGAUAAGUCAGACCCUAUUGAGAAGUCCAAAGUGGUGGUUCAGUUUCCCAGUGCUGAGAGGUUCAAGCCAUCUUAUGUGCACAGCUUUGGCAUGUCAGUAAACUACUUUGUCUUCGUUGAGACUCCAGUGAAGAUCAACCUGCUGAAGUUCCUCAGUGCCUGGAGCAUCCGAGGUUCCAACUACAUGGACUGCUUCGAGUCUAAUGAAAGCCAAGGAACAAUUUUCCACGUUGCCAGGAAAGACCCUGGAGAGUACAUCGACCUGAAGUUUAAAGGAGCACCGAUUGGCAUGUUCCACCACAUCAACACCUAUGAGGAUCAAGGAUUCAUUGUUGUUGACCUUUGCUCAUGGAAAGGAUUUGAGUUUGUUUACAAUUACUUGUGGCUGGCCAACCUGAGAGCCAACUGGGAGGAGGUGAAGAAGGCAGCCAUGAUGGCGCCCCAGCCAGAGGUGCGGCGAUAUGUCAUCCCUCUGGAUGUCCACAAGGAGGAGCAGGGGAAGAAUCUUGUGAGUCUGCCAUACACCACCGCCACAGCAGUCAUGCAUGCUGAUGGGAUGAUCUGGCUGGAGCCUGAAGUGCUUUUCUCUGGACCUCGCCAAGCCUUUGAGUUUCCACAGAUUAACUACCACAGGUAUGGAGGAAAGAAUUACACAUAUGCCUAUGGCCUUGGACUCAACCAUUUCAUACCAGACAGGAUCUGCAAGCUGAAUGUGAGGACCAAGGAGACUUGGGUUUGGCAAGAGCCUGAGUCAUAUCCCUCAGAGCCCUUGUUUGUUCAGACUCCAGAUGGGAUAGAUGAAGAUGAUGGUGUCCUCCUUACCAUUGUGGCAGCUCCUGGUUCCCAGAGGCCAGCAUAUAUGCUCAUCCUAAAUGCCAAGGAUCUGUCAGAGAUCGCAAGAGCAGAAGUGGAGUGCUCCAUUCCCGUCACCUUUCACGGGAUGUAUAAACAGUGAUGAUCCAGUCCAAUUGUAUAAAGUACCACUCAGCAUUUAAAACAAUGAUGACAAUAAAAAACACCUCCAUGCCAGCAUAAUCAUUUUUAGAGAGAAAAUGAUUUAAUUGUUUUGUAAUUCAAGUACAAAUUACUAAGUGGGUCAUAUUAUAAUGAAUCUGAAGAAAUGUCUUAAGAAAAGAACUGACUGUUUCACAAAUAUGCACAACUUCAAGUAAAUAACAUCCUGGUGUUGAUUUAUUUCUAAAGACUUUUUGAACAUGCUGAUGAUUGUGGUUACUUGGCACCACUGCAACUGUGUUACAACAAUGACCCAAAUAAAAGGUUCCUUAAACUCCAUGAUAUGCUAUGCAGAUGCUCUGUUUGCAGGGAUGAAAAUUAAUUCACAUCAGAAUGAGAAACGCUUGAAAUGGCUCCAGUGGCGACAUAGUCCAAACUAUUUUCUGAUUAAUUCAGACAGGCUUUAUUAAAUGCCAACACAUUUAAUAAGAUAAGACUGACAGUAGCCUUCGUAGAGUUAUUUUCUUUUCAAACAAUGCACUAAAUUUCCAUAAAUCCCCUUGUUUAGACUGUUUUUUUUUUACAUCGGAAAACAACAUUUCAGUACAAGUAUAUCUCAUUUGAAACGAUUCUUAAGCCAGAAAACCAUCAGAUUCUUCAUCUUUACAUUCUUGAGAAACUUCCAUAGUUAGUAUGAAACUGCACAAAAUCUGCUUACGUGUCACAUAUGAACCAGUAGUCCCUUGAUGUUUGUUCCAGUGUGUUGCCAGAAUCUGAAAAGUGCAACCACAUAGAUCUUGCAACCCUGCCAACUUAGAGUAUUGAAUGUUGAAAAAGACAUGUUAGAAACAAAACAUUCUUUUCAAUGGCUUUAUGGUGUAUAUUUGAUCUUGCAGUUAACAUUAUGGUGAUGAACAGACAGUUUUCAGAAUUUUGUCCUUGUUGAUUAUCAGUUACGUGUAAACAUUCAAAAAACUUUGUACAGCAAGAAGGCAUUUAACUAAAACUGUUGGCUCUAAGCUAAAACUUUAAAUAAUGCAUCAAAAAUUCAGAAGUUACACCCAUUUAUUACAUCAACCCUCUCUGGGUGUUGGCUUUUUUCUUAUUAAUUCAGGACAAUCUGAGAACAUAUAAUGGUCUUGGAUCAAUUUCAAGUUUCAAAUAUGCAUUUGGUUGCUGUCCAAGAAAACUCUCAGAUGUAUUCAGAUAGAAAGCAUUGAGUUCAGGAGAAGCCAAAUCAAUAUAAAAUCUAAAAAAAAGGAAAGCAACCAUGAGAUCAACAAGAAAAAACAGAAGUGCAAACAAGGCAGAUAAGUAAUAGCAACCCAUCCCCCCCACAAAUAUCUUAUUAGAGUAAAAAGAGGAAACAAAUGAGAAAAGUUGCCUACACAUAUCUCCCUAAUGUCCUUCAUGACAGCUCAAACCAAGAAAAACCUGUCCUUCAAUGAUUUAAAACAGGCAUUUAAAGAAGACGACAAGACCAUAAUUUGAAGCAACUGUUUUUGAGCAUGGGACUGCAAAGAUUUCAGCAGAAUUAGAAGUUUGUAUACAGAUAUUAUGUUAUGACAACAUAUAAAUAUUCCUAAAGCAAUAGAUCUAGAAUUGUUUCUAAAAUUCAGUUAAAUGCUGAAAAGUAAUACAGCUAAAUAGAGCACAAAAGCAACUUAACAAACAACACAAUUUAAUGUAAUAUUCCUGCAAGGCUCCUACAGUUUUCAUGUCAAAAUUCCAUACUUUUCCAAAAUCAGAUUUGCAAAGAUCCCAAACGUUAGCAACUUGAUUCAAACUGAGUAGGAAAUUUAAAAAAAAUCAUAGGACAGGAUCAGAAACAGCAAAGAAAAAAA